GUGCGCGUUGUUUGGUGUUGUAUAUACGCGUCCACUAUCACCUCUGCCAGCUGGCUCCAAGAUGUCGAGGGUUUUCUUGAUGUUUAUUGUGGUGGCAUUUCACGCAUUGCCUCUGGGCUCUAUAGGUUUGUUCACUGUAUGAACUAGUCAUUUUCCAGAGGCCAUAUCAUCAAUGUCUAUAGACUUAGGGACCGAGUUUAUGAAAGUUGCGGUGGUUUUGGUUUGUUCUUAGUAGCCUAAUUUUGAUUUACUCACAACUUUUAGCCUGGAAAACCCAUGGAGAUCGCCGUUGCACCGUGAGUUUUUUGUCAUGAUAUCUAUUUUUCAGUGAUUCCAAAAGAAAAACUUCAACUGCAAUCGGCUUCAAAAACAAUGAAAGGUUAUUCGGGAGUCUCGCAGUCAAUUUGGUAAGCUCUUUAUUGUCCUCGAUAUGUUUUCGUUCUGCUACAAUUCAUAAUCAGAGCCACAUUUUUUGUUGUGACGUGACUUAAGAUAAAUAUCAAUACCCUAGUACUGUCUGUGUACAUAAUAUUGUACCAACAUUCCAUUAACAACGCUUAACUGCUUACUUUUGUCAGUGCUGCUAUCUGGACAAAAACGGAAUUUUUCAGAAAUCCGUAAGGAAGAUAUCAAUGCCGAAGUGGUUGAAACAGUGUUCUGGUUUACUUUCCAGUUGUUGAGUGUCUGAUGCUUUAAUUUAUAGUCAUCAUAGAGCCUGGAACAAGCCGCCAUACCAAAUCAUAGCAGGGCAUAAUACACACGAUGGUUAGCGAAAUAGUCGAAAUAAUAUUACCAUUUAUGGUUCUACAAGAGAGGAUAAGCUGAAGAAAUGAAGGAAGAAAUAUUAAAACUCAACAGUAUUGGUGACAAAGUGUAAACACAUAGCCUUUAUCAUAGUCGUUUCUUUGCCGUUUCGCUUGAUGUCUGUUCACCAGUUUUAACUCACGGGGUCGAACUAGAUGGUUUAGACCUACCAACACGACAGUCUAACAGCCUUUGACUUAAUGGACUAAUGCUUUAUCUCACUUGUGACAGUUAACUCCCAACUUAUUCCUACUACAGCAAACAUUAUACUCCAGGAUAGGUCGUGGUUAGGUGAACGUGAUAUGUCCCAGACAUCUCAAUCGAUAAAGAUUGUAAUCUUAAUAACCGAUCUACUUAGUUUCCGACACCUGAUCUUAACGGUAGUCACUCACUUGUCUUACAAUAAGUAAGCAGGGCUCAGUAGGUUUUGUCGUCUGAGUGUCUUCUACUUUCUUAUUUCACGGCCUUAUAUUAAUACAUAACGAACUAUGGUGGAUUGCUUUGAUUAUUGUUUAGGUGAAGCUUUGUUAUUUGAGCUGGAUGGUUUGGUUGUGGAGUUUUUAUUAUUCAUACAAACAUCGUCAACACAAACUUCAGGUGGCGACAUCUGGCAUGGUAUUACCAGAAUUCGAUCCAUUUGAAAUAUUUCCGCCAAAUUUAUCAGGCUUCAUUAGAAAAUAAUGAAGCAUUAAGAUAAUUAGCAUCUGAUAUGACGUCAUCAGAAAUCUGAUCAGAAAUUGAUUCAUUUGAAAUGUUUGUCUCGAUGAUUUUGAAUUUCGCUCGAUAUAACUGGAGAGUUGGAGUAAUUGCGAUCUGAUUAAAAAAACAUUUAAACAUUACCCAGAAUUUACCUUAUUAAAGAUUCUGUUGGCUUCUUUCUCUCACAAAACUGUUGCUGAUUGCAACGGACAAUGUAUUUGUUACCUCGUCAAAUAUAUCAAUAAAUUCGAAGUGCGAUUACGGACUUGAUUGUUUAAGCAUGUCUUCCUUCAAUGCACCGGUGAGCAUUAAACGAAAUCUAGUCAACACGUCAUUAAAUUGAAGCAUUGAUUUUAUUUCUGCAACUGAAACUGAUAUGUUCAUACAUUAGUAACUACGUCGUUUAUUGUAACGGCGACGUAGAAAAAAAGUAUAUUUACGACUGACAAACCAGGAUUUGUGGGUAACUUGAACUAAAAACGGUUAUAAAUGAAACCAGACGGUUAUACUGUAAAUUGAAGCUUGUUAGUUGACUCCAUCGGCAAUUGUUAUGGCUUACGUUAAUUUAAUACGAAAACAUAGUAUCUUGAAUAAACAUCAGACUCAAGUAAAUAAAUGUCAUAACGAAUAAAAUAUCACACUGAAAAGCAAAACAAAUAUUACUUUGAAUAAUCAUCACAUUGAAAUAAAAAUGGAAGGAAUAUUGAACCAAAUUCACAAUUAUUAAGAGAAUGUGAUUUUGCCUUUUCAUUCUGUCAUAUUGCAUAUUUCUAGUGGUCGACUAAAUUAUAAAGACCUCCACAUCUCAGAAGAGGCAUGAAAUACAAUGGACAGCUUGCACGCAGCUAGACGACUCGGACUUGGCAGAUGACGUAGCUCUUCUAUCCCAUACACACCAACAAAUGUCAGUGAAGACAGUGCAGUAGAAACCUCUGCAAAAGUAGGUCUCAACGUACACAAUGGAAAAAGCAAGAUCCUGAAAUACAAUACAUAGCAUCAACCCAAUUAUACUUGAUGGAGAAACUCUAGAAGAGGUGGAAGCUUUCACGUACCUGGUCAGCAUCAUCGAUGAACAGGGAUGAUCCGAAGCAAAUGUACAUGGAAGAAUUAGCAAAGCAAGGCAGUAUUCCCACAACUGGAGAUCGUAUGGAACUCAAAACAACCGUCUGCAAGCCAACAUUCUAGUCACGAUUUUCAAUACGAACGUCAAGACAGCUCUACUGUAUGGAGCUGAAAUUCGAAUAACUACUACAACCAUCAUCAAAAAGGUACAAGUAUUUAUAAACAAUUGUCUACAUGAGAUACUCAAUAUCCAUUGACCGGAUACCAUCAGCAACAACCAACUGUUGGAGAGGACAAACCAACCUCCAUCUGAAGAGGAAAUUCGAAAAAGACGUUGAAAAUGGAUAAAACACAGAUUACGGAAAUUAUCAGGCUGAAUGACGAGGAAAGCCCUAACUUGAAAUCCUGAAGAGGAACGGGAACGAGGAAGACCAACGGACACAUUGCGUCGGGGAUCGGAAGCAGACAUGAAAGAAUGAAUAGCAGCUGGAAGGAAUUGUCCAGGACAGGGUACUAUGGGGAGUGCUGGUGGUCGGCCCAUGCUUUUUCACGAGGGGUAACAGGCGUAAAUAAGCUUCUAAAAGUCCCGAAUACGUAUUCCAGUCCAUUCCGUCUCUUCUUGGGAAGUCUAUAGAUCAUCCAAUGGUUAAACUUUUUCAGGAACGUUAUCCUUACCACAAUUUGUCUUAUAAUGCCACAUCUGGACAACUAUUUUUCACUCUAAAAGAUGGUGUGGUGUUUUCGGUUGAUGAACUGGUUGCUAUGCUCUUUGAAUAUGCCCACAAUUACGCUGAACUUUAUGCUGGUUCUAUUAUCAAGACUUGCGUGUUGACUGUACCUAGCCAUUUUGGUCAGGCUGAAAGGCGUCGCUUGAUACAAGUGUCUGAAAUAGCUGGCUUAAACGUUCUUCAAAUAAUUAACGAUAAUUCUGCAGUGGCUCUAAAUUUCGGUUUGCUCCGUUUUAAAAGCUUCAACGAAACACCUCAAUAUUACGCGUUUUUUGAUAUUGGUUCCAUGAGUACAACUGCAACCUUAGCAGCAUACUCAUAUGGGAAACACAGAGAUGGAGAUGUUGUGGGAGAUUUCCCGAUGUUAAGAAUUGCAAAUGUCAGUCAUGAUCCAACAUUCGGUACACAGGUUUUCAUUUAUCGAAUAAGAGAUCACUUAUUGGAAAAAUUCUGUGAAAUAAAAAAAUUAGAUAAAGAUCUGGUGAAAAAAAGUCAUCGAGCUAUGUCUAAACUGGCUUUAGAGGCCUCAAACGUGCUUACCAAACUUAGUGCAAAUUCCGAAAUAUUCGCCCAGGUGGAAAAUUUGUUUAAUGGAGAAGAUCUUAAAGUUAAAAUUACUCGUGCUGAGAUGGAAACAUUUUGCUCUGAUCUGUUCGAAAGAGUUAGACGACCAUUUUCCGAUAUCAUGGUCGAUUUUCCAAUGGAGUCGUUACAACAAGUUAUUUUAAUGGGUGGAGGUACAAGAAUCCCAAAAAUUCAAUCUAUUCUAAUCGAGCAUAGUCAAAAGUCAGAAUUACACAGAGGUGUUAAUAGUGAUGAUGCUGCCGCAUUGGGUGCCGUGUAUCAAGCUGCAUUUCAUACUCCUGGGUUUCGUGUUACUCGUUUUAUUGUUAAAGACUAUAAUCUUUAUCCUAUUGCUGUUGAUUUUAUGCGUGCUCCACCGUUACCAGGCGAUAAAUCAGACAACGAUUUACAUAUUGAAGAUCAACAGGAUGAGUCUUAUGUUCGACAAGUUCUUUUUCCCCGUGGAGCUAUUUUCCCUCAAAAACGUGCAAUCAAAUUCAAUCGACAUAUUACUGACUUAGACUUCUAUGUUAAUUAUGUCGAUCGUGAUGGAGAUGCUGCUCGUUUCCAAGGUCCAAACUACAAUCUUAGUCAUAUCACCACGAGAAAUGUAUCAAUAGCAGCCAAACACUAUUCGUUUGCUGAGCCUCGAGGUGUCAAAGCACAUUUCAUUAUGGAUCACAAUGGAAUUCUUGUUCUUAAUGGUGUAAGUUGUAUAUUUCAUCCUAUUGAAAAAAGUGGAAUAUCUGAUGAUUCAAAUAAGGCGAAAUCUACUUUUGAAAAAAUUGGUAGUACUUUAAGUGGAUUAUUCGGUGGAGGUGAUAGUACGAGUGUUGAUAAAAAUGUACCCGAAAAGGAUACUGGUGUCAACGCAACAGAUGAUGGUGAUGUUAAUUCGACUCAUGUCAAUACAGUGAAUAUUACUAAAAACUCUACUAUUUUAAACAACCAAACUAUUUCUGUUAAUGAUGAUGACGUAUCUGGGAAAGAUCAAUUGACAGUAGAUGUGAAGUCUACAGAACCAUUUUUUGAACCUAUCGACUAUGAAGCUGUUUAUUUAGAUUUUCCUGACUUAACUGCUAAAGAAUUGAUUGUGUCACAAUCUAAAUUGGAGAAGUUACGUGAAGCAGCUAAAGAGAAAGCUGCUUUGGACCAAUCUAUUAAUCUACUUGAAACCUUAUUGAUUAAUACAAAUGAUAUGAUUUCAACUGAUUACAAGAAAUAUGGUAGUGAAGAGGAACUUAAACAUUUGGAUAAUGUAUUACAAACUGCAUCCAGUUGGUUUGAUGAACAAGGUCAUAAUGGUUUAAAGAACGAUUAUGAUAUCAGAAUAAAAGAAAUCCAAUCGUUAAUUAUUCCCAUUCAGAGAAGAUCUACUGAAAUUAAACAUCGUGCGAAAGCAAUACUAUCGUUUAAUAAAACAAUCGAAUUAGCCCAAAAAACAUUGAAUGAAAUGGUUGAGUUAUCAAAACUGUUUUCGCAAACAUUAAGAACCAUUCCAUCUGAACAACAACAAAAUGCAUCAAGUAAUAGCUCUGAACAAACUUCAGAAGAAUCACUACCAUGGAAAAAUAUCUUCAAUGAAGUUGAAAUUGAUACACUAAGAAAUAAAAUGGGUGAAUCAAAGACUUGGUUAGCUGAAUCUACCGAAGUUUUAGACAAAUCUCCAACAUACGAAGAUCCUCCGAUUUUGGUUUCUACUAUUCAAAGUAAAGAAAGUGAAUUAUCCCGAGAAAUCUACUAUUAUACCACUAAAAUGAAUUUAUGGAGAUCAGAAAUCGCGCGUAUGUUUGCUGAACAAAGCAAAAUGUAUACUACAGAUCCACUAAAAGAUAAAGCUCAAACCCCAACUAGUACCAAUGAUGAUGAGAAAACUAUUCCUAGAACUCUUAAAACAGAUGAAGAGCCUACAACAAAGUCAACGGAAGAUACUACGCAAACCCCAAGACCGGAGUUGUAAUUUCACGUAUAAUUCCAAACAAAUUAUGAAAGCAAGCCAGCUGAAGAAGAGAUGUUUUAUUGAUGAUUGUUAAAUGCAGUCCCAAUUCAUUUUAGUCUGUUUUUUAUUAAAGUUUCUCUUUUGCUUACUCUGUAUUCAUACAUUAAUAUUUUUACUGUGAUGUCUUCAUUGUUUGUGUAAAUUUCCUUCUUUCAUUGUUAUGUUUUGUUUUCCAAUCAAAAUCACUGAGUAGUAGUAAUGUAAGCGUUACUUGCAUUGUUGGUAUAAAUAUAUGUAUUUUUUAUAAUAUAAGUUCAUUGAUUUCAUUC